UAACUCUUGUCAGGAGUUCUAAGAAAUUUGUCAAAAGUAUGAGGUAGGAAUAUUUUUGGCGUCUGAUGUUGUUGUAGGUAUUCUUGAUGAUUUUAAGGAAAAACAAAUUUUAUAUUCGCCAUUCCCCUUCCAAAUCUGCAUCAUGCCGAAGCCACCAUUUAAUAUCGAAAAAAUAAAUGAUACUUUCAAUUGGCCAGUUUAUUACAGAAAUGUAGGAUAUUAUGUCAAACAGAGGGAAGAAUACGAGAGAAGUUUGAAAUAUUUCGACCAAUCGCUCAAAAAGGAACCGGAAAACAUCCGAACACUACGCGGAAGAGCAGGCGCAAGAGCUAAAGCUAAAAAAUUCAAUGGUGCUAUCGAGGAUAUAAAAAAAAUUUUGAGUUUGGAGCCUGAAAAUAUCUAUUUGAAAGCCGAGAAAGCACUCAUCACGUAUUUAGGUGGUGAGUUUGAGGAAGCCUUAAUACAAAAUUAUAGAAAUGUUCCACUGAGGCAAAAACCAGAUAAUUUCGUGAUGGGCGUGAUGAAUUGUGAUGACGCUAUCCAGAACUGCAUCUCUGAACGUGCCGGCAAGCCAUUGAGAGAUCACUUCAAGAUCAUAAGACGGAUCGCCUGGACCAAAACGAUAGACGCCCAAAGACCCUACAAACCAGUGGCGAAGAAUAGGAAGAAAAAAAGACGAUCUAUAUUCGUAGCACUACCCACCUCCUUAGCCAAGAAGGCCAAAAAGAAGGAAAACGAUUCAAAGACGAGGUUAUCCGAUACAUCCACCGGAAAACUGAUGGGGUCGAUAGCCAUGAUGGACGAAUCUUCAUCUAUCGGAGAGAGCCUGUACAGCCACAACUCUUCCCUUAACAUCACGAUGCCACCAGCGCCACCUUUUCCUCAUCAACCCAUGCAGAGCCGCACCAGCAACAUCGAGAACUAUUUGGCUGAAAAAUAUCUGGACAAGCUGUACCACGAUAAGUUGUACUUGAAGAGCCUUCCGAAUGUCAUGGGUGCAGUGAUAGCUAACGCGAAGGGCUCUAACAAGAUCAAACAUUUGGCGCAGUUGGGAUUCAGGAACGUGUACAAUACUCAGGAAAUGCUUCGGUCUCGUAGACCGUUCUAUUCUAUAAAAUAUCAAGAAGCAACCUCCAUGGGAAAACUGGCAAUGAGAAGACAGAAUGCAUUGAAGCAGCUACAAGAUAUGGCAACAAAACAAGCCGAUUAUAUGAUUUCCAGGAUUGAAGAUGAGAAGAAGAUUCGUAGAUUGAGGAAAGUUUUAGAAUUUGCCGAAAAACUGGUCAGCUUCUGUGAGAUAACAUCUAGGAAAGUGUUCCCGAAGAGGCAGCAAUACAUGAAUCGAAUGCUGGACAUGGUUUGUGAGGCGAUUUACGACAUGAAGAAAUUCUCAAAAUACAUGACCGAGGCACAGAGGGAGGACAGGAUCAAAUUGAUCCUUGGGUUACCGAUGGAAAGGUUUCCCUCUGAAGAUUCUUUGGCUAUCGAUUUGAAAGGCUGGUUCGUGGAUUGGAAAAAAAUGACAGCCCUCUACGAGAAACGCCUAUUCAAAGCAGAAAGUCCAGAAGAACUGGCUUGGCUCUACCACGAGCUAUCGAGAUUCUCGUUCGAAUUGAAGAAGUACGAAAUGUCAAGAAUGUACGCCAGAAAAUGCAUCGGUGAAGCGAACAACUGCAAAAAGUUGAAGUGGAUAAUGAACGCCAUGAUUCUCAUCGUUAGGACUGACAUCAUUCAGAAGAAUAAAAACGACGCCAAAAAUCAAGUCAAGCAUGCCAGGAAGAUCGCUACCAGGUUGAAAGAUGACGAAAUGGGUGAAUUUUUGGACAGAUGCGUGCUUGCAAUUGAGCAAUCCACCCUAGAUGAUAUACUGGGUACUAAGCUCUUGGAAAUGAGGGAGAAGCAAAUUAUCAAACUGUUGGGUACUCAGAAGAUGAAGGAUGAGGCAGCUUAUCUAUUCAAGAGAAUAGCAACUCUUCCAUUGAAUAAGAGGAUGUCUGUCAUGCCUGGUUUCAACUUUGCAGAUGAAAAGGCAAAAACCCUUCCUUCUGCUGAAAAUGUUAUUGGCGAAGUGGCUAAAAAAGCAGAACCAAAACCGAGUGAAAAGAAGAAGGAGAGGGGAGUUGGAUUCCUCAACUUUUUGUAACUUUUAUUCAAUAAAAUAUUGGGCCGAAAA